UAUUUCAAAACAACGGCCACGGUACACGCGUGCAACACUUCCUGAAUCCUGGCCGUGUGGUAAAGUGUGGUUGUUUUUGUCAUCAAGAUCACCAAAUAAAUGCCAUAAUCACCAGUACUAUUUAAGACUGAUUUGAAGGUGUACUGUCAACUCAAGUGUUUUUUUUUUAUUAAAAAGAGACAAAGAUCCAAGAUAUGAACGUACCACACUGUCGGCAAGCGUUUCUCACAACAUGCCUGCUUCUGCACUUGGUGCUGUACAACAUUCCGACCAGCCACUCAAGCCCCAGUGUAGAAACAGCGGAAAUCAACGUCGAUCACAUUCCGCUAGAUUCCCAAAUUGUAAACCCACUUCGGCAAGAGGGCGCUAGACAAGAGACGACAGUGAGUGGGACGGGUGACGGGGCUCGUUUCAGUGAUCCCAACCUCCAUCCCGAACACUACCGUUACUACUUCAACAGACGGCCGGAUGAGGCCGAGGCCUGUAGGUUAGAUCCAACAUGCCCUUAUAAGGAAAGUUUGGAUACAUCUGCAUGUUGGGGGUACGAGAAAGGCUGCACACCUGAUAGGAUGUCGGGAUAUCCCAAGGCAUACACAUUUCAAAGAAAAUGGUUUCACUCUGAGCAGGCCCAGGUCAAACAGUUUUGGAUCGACAACGAUUUUGGCUACAUCAAGAAAAUCUUAGAUGAUGGAUGGUAUGCAAUGUGUACCCCUAAAACACAGAAUGGAUCAUCCCUGUCUUGUGUUGACAACGCCCACUCCUGUGUUGCCAAGAAUCUGUGGUUGAGUCUACCUGACUUUCAAGACCAUACCAAACAUAGGGGCAGGCUUGACCCUCAGCAUUUUGGUUCCCCGGGCAACGUUGGCGGCCACUGCAAUCUGAACAAAGAACUGCUGAAGAAACACUCGAAACACUUAUCAGAGCUGCAGUCAUGGUACGGUGAAUUGCGAGAGUUCACUUCAUUGAAAUCCGAUCCAUUCAUGACGUCUAGCUGUGAUGUCGUCAUAGAGGGGCGGGCCUACCUCAUGAAGUUGGAUGCCGGAAUUAACUUGUUCCAUCAUUUCUGUGACUUUGUCAACUUGUACAUCACCCAGCACCUCAUGAAUGAUUUCUCCUUGAACUCCACCAUCGUGAUGUGGGACAUGAGCAACAUGAGAUAUAUUGAUCUCUUUCAGGAUACCUGGGCUGCUUUCUCCAAUCGUCCCAUUGCCAGACUGAACGACUGGAGUGGGAAAAAGGUAUGCUUCCGUGAUGCAGUCUGCGCUCUUCCCCCCAGGAUGAUCCGAGGGUUCUUCUACAACAUGCCUGUCAUCCCAGAUACCUACGGCAGCAGUCUGAUGCGAUCCUUCUCCCAGCACGUCCUCCAUCGACUUGGGAUCCAGCAGAAGGGGCCAUUGAAAACUGGGAAAGUACGGGUGACGAUUUUGGACAGGAAGGCUGCCCACAGGAAUAUUGUCAACCAGAAGGAGUUAGUGGAAGCUCUGCGUGAAGAUCCUAGCUAUGAAGUACAAGUUGUGGUGUACAACCAUUCCCUGACGUUUUUGCAGCAAAUUGAGAUCACUCAUAACAGUGACAUCUUCAUUGGGAUGCACGGUGCUGGUCUGACCCACUUGCUCUUCCUCCCAGAUUGGGCCGCCAUCUUUGAAGUGUGUAACUGUGAGGACAAACACUGCUACGAGGACCUUGCCAAUCUCCGAGGGGUUCACUACAUGACCUGGGAGAACUACAGCCUUCUCAAGAAACAAAAUGAGGUUCUUCAUCCGUCCCUGAAGAAACCUCACCCGAAAUUCUGUGACUAUUUUUUUGACAAGGACGAGUUUGUACGUCUGGUCAAAAAGGCCCAUCUUCACGUCAGUUCUCAUGACAGAUUCCAGCGAGAGGUAGCCCUACGUGAUGAACUUUGACGACCCUUGAGACUGAUAAUUCUUUUAAUUUCUACUUUAUUUUACUGUCUUUUUGAUAUGAUAUUUGAGAGGUUAAGUGACAUGUUUUGCUAUACACAUAUAAGGCAAUGCGUUCAGGAAGAUUUUCAUUCCUGUUCAUAUACUCAGAAAAUAAUAUGAAACAUUGCAUUUAAUACAAUCAGUGUACCUUAGCCGUUUUUAAACAAAUGCAAAAACCUAAAUAAUAAAUUAUAUCCUGAGGUUUAAUGAGAUAUGUUUCUCAAGUCCAUGAUUGUGACAGAUUACGUGAACUCUAAUUAUACAUGUGCAUUAUUCUCAACCAUGUGAGAAAUGAAGGUUUUUCUCAUUCAAUCGGUGUUGCGUACAGCAAGCUAGCAGCAGUGUUGCGUUUGUUGCGCAUUGGGGCUUAUGUUUUGUGAUGUUGACGUGCGCAUCCGUGACUCACAGGGUCUACA